CAUGUCUACUCAUAUCAAUCAAACAUAACAGAAUUUAACCAAUUCAUAAUAAGAAACAAAGUAAAUUCCUUAUUAUAAAUAGUCUUAGAAAUCGUAUCAGAUCUCGAAAGUUGUUCAUAACAACAAUUAUUAAAUUCUUCUUUGCCAUAUUACUCUUUUUAUUGCUCAGUCUCCAAAUAUAAUAUUAUUUGGAUAUUAUUUAUAUAUUUGUCCUUUUCAUCCUCUACUACUUGAUUGACUUUUUGAAUUUGUUUUACUACAAUUUUUAAAUGAAAAAAUUGUAAAUACGAUUGUAAACAUUAUUAAUUAUACAGCAAGAAGAAAAAGCUAUUAGUAUAUCUCGGAACUACAAUAUUAGAUUUCAUUUAUUUAACAUAGUUAUUGAUGUUAAUUAAGAUGGGAUACAAAUAUUUUGUUUACAGUAAUGUAUUUUUGGUAAUUGCAAUUUUAAUGAAUUUUCAUUCACUCUACUCAGAUAGAGCAUUAUUAGAAUCACUUAAAAUGUUGAAUAAAAUUUCAUUAUUGAUAAGGAUUUACAUAUUAAUUUGUUCCUUAUUUAUAACUUUGAAAAUUGAUAACAUAAUAAUUUGGAAUUGGACUCCUACUUUAUGGAGUGUUUGGGUAGGAUUAAUUUGUUUUAUUGGUAUUAGUGCAGGUUCACUUAUAGUUUCAUUUAGUAAGAUAAUUUAAUAUAUGUUUGACAGAUAAAAUCUAUAAAAAUCAGAAUGUAUUUAUUCUUAUAAUAAUUUUUAGUGAUUUCUAACAUUUGGAUAACUUAAUUUCUAAUAUUUGGAAGUGUCUCUCUAGCAUUAAGUUCAUUAGGAUAUUUAGAGUAUUUGGAAAAUCAACCUAAUUAUACUCAUAAUUUCAUAAUAUAACAAUAUUUUAUUAUUGUUGAAUUCUUCAUCAUUAUUAUUUAUUCCAUAUAUUUUCGUAUAGAUAUUUGUGAAUAAAUAUUCAUAACACUUUAAGAUGAUGAACCAAUUAACUAAUAAUAAUUUUCUGUUAAUAUGUAAGGAAAUAAUCAAACCAUGUAAUAAAUCAAUCCAACUUCUUCAAGAACUUAGAUUCCUUAAGUUGUAUAAAAAAUAUCUAAAACAUAUUUUGGAAUUCCCACAAGAAUCAAGAAGGAAGGUGAUUAAGAUUCAAUAAGUGCUUCUCCUGUUCUUAAAAAAUCUUCAAAAGGACAUAAAAGAGCAUUUUCUAGUUAAGGAGUUGCUUCAUAAAUGUUUUAAGAAUUAGAUUAAAUAGUUAUUGAUAAAUAAUCAUCUAAUACUUUAAAUAAAACUACAUCUAAUGAAUUAAGGUGUUAAAUUGAUAAAAAGAGAUGUAAUUCUCAUUUAGUAACAGUAAAUUAUUAUAUUAAUAUAUUAGAUUGCUCAUGAUGAAAGUGUUUAAAAUAAAAACCAAGAAUUGAGUAUGAGUCAAACCAGUAAUAUUUGUUUAGUGUGUUAUGAAAGAGGACCAAAUGCAGUAUUUAUGAAUUGUGGUCAUGGAGGAACAUGUUAUUAAUGUGCUAUUGAUAUUUGGAAAUAGAAAAUGGUUUGUUAUUUAUGUAGAAAUGUAAUAAUAUAUAUUAAUCAAUAAUUAGAAAAUUGAAUACAUUUUGAAGGUAGAUUUAGAAGAUAGAUAUGGAGAUUUAUUUAAAGUUGUUUCUACUGCUUAAAUGAUAGAUUAAUUUAAUAAAUGA